AUGUCGCAACGACGAAGCAAACGCCCCCAAUGCUCACAAGACGAUUGUGGGUCUCGACGGUUCCACGUGGGCGACGAUGGUUUCACGUACUGCGACCAAGGACAUCAGCAAUCCGAGCUUGGUACUGUCAUUGCCGAAGACACCGGAGAAUUGGUGACGUUGGGCAAAACGUCGAGAAGGAAGGACAGCGAUGCCGAGUCCGUGGCCACGAGUAAAGCGACUGGAUUUAGUGGCGCGAGGGCGUUUGAACAUUAUCUCUUAUGCAUCCAACUCGUCCUACGAAAGCAGCUGCGCUGGCUGAUUGAUGUCCAAAAGCUGCCUCAGGAGCUCGAGGGCAAGGUAUCCUACGACUCGGAGACUGAUACUGAAGCCGUCUUCAGCUCGCAGUCUGAACGUGGAUCUGGUACGGACACUGAGACAGCGACGUCUCGUCGCAGCAGACAAUCCACCCGCAAGAAGCCUCCAGGGCCAAGUUUGAUGGAUGUCAUAUGCAUCAUCUGUGCUGGGUCCAUGCUGCUGAGGAUUCCUCUCACCAUCGCCGACCUUCACAAGUGGAUGAAUGGCGGUGAGUUGCUGUUCUACUGCGCUGCGAAGGAACUACCUGUGUCAAUGCGAGACCGCUUGCCUGGGUAUCUCCAAGAGCAACUGGAACCGCAGGAACUCGUCGCGCCAGAAUCUCUACACCGCAACAUGCUGGCCAUGCUUACAGCGUUCAAUUCUGACUUCGGCAUGGUUGCUCCACCACUCAACCACCCUUUGAUCCUGUACCGCUGGAUCAAAGAACUUUUCCUGCCACUCGAGAUCUACGUUGCCGCGCAGCGCCUUGGUCGACUAAUGCAAAUCGACUUCACUUACAGUCUGGAUGCUAAAGCUUGGACGAACAUCAGUUUGCGGUUCCCCGAGAUUCGUCUGAUGGCGUUGGUCGUCAUCACGACGAAGAUGAUUUUCCCGUUUGACGAUCUGAAACGGUAUCCAAAGUCUGCCCGCGAUACUGCGGCAUUGGCGAUGGAUUGGAAAUUGUGGACCCAAGCACAUUCCCAUGCCCAUGGUAGUGAGACGGAAGAUGCCCGUGGAGAGAACGUGGACCCUUUGACGUUCGAAGACGCCUUCAAAAUGACCGAAGCGGCGAGCCUUGACCUCGCCAGCGACCGCUUGGAUCAAUAUCUGGACUGGUAUGAGCGCAACAUGGCUUCUGAGCAAGUUCGAGAAAGAGGCCGUGCUGGGCGCGAGGCAGAUUUCAGGAGGGCACUGUUCAAAAUGUUCCCAGCCAAGGGCGAAUUCAGCGAUACACGUAAAGCACGGCCCGAGAUUAACGAGUCUGGGUCGACUUCGGGGGAGAAGCUUCUCCAGAUCCAAAGCGCACUUCGUCUAAAGCGCAUAGUCGCGGAUGACGGGACCGAUGAUAUCCCACGCGCCGGCAGCUUUUAUCCGCAGUAUAGGGCCGUGGAGGACUUGGAUCACACCACCAGGAUCUUCUACGCCAAAGCUGCCGAACUGGCGGGAUUCUCACUCAGUGGGAUGGUGAGGGCGGUGUUUUCGAUGGAGAGAAGGUUGCUAUCGCACGAGAAGGAUCUGAAGAAGCAACAGCAAGAGAAAUCGUCGGCGUCAGCAGUAUCGACAGCCUAA